GCGGAGAGGGAGAUCUCUCGCGAGGAAGGACGCCAUUAUCGCAGCCGCUCGACAAACACCACGAGAAUUCGGCACCACACACGGAAACAAGCUUGGAGCGAUGUUAUCAACCAAGUGAUGGUUUCAGUUAAAGCAACUUUUGGAUUGUUGUGAAAUGAUAGUUUGAUUGAAUGACUUGUAAAUUUACUUAUUUGGGUGCCUUCAGUGGUGUUUGACUGGAUAUUGUGGUUCUGAAUGAUGUCAGAACAGGAUUUGGCAGAUGUCGUUCAGAUUGCUGUUGAAGACUUGAAUCCAGAUAACCCAGUUGUGCUGGAAAAUCAUGAAGUGACAGAUGAAGAUGUAGAGCCUGCUCUGAAACGUCAGCGUAUAGAAAUUAACUGCCAGGAUCCGUCUAUUAAGUCAUUCCUGUAUUCCAUUAACCAGACAAUAUGCCUGCGGUUGGAUAGCAUUGAGGCAAAGUUGCUGGCACUAGAGGCUACCUGUAAGUCCUUGGAGGAGAAGCUGGACCUUGUCAUGAACAAACAGCAUAGCCCUAUCCAAGUCCCCAUGGUGGCAGGUUCUCCUCUUGGCGCUACCCAGACGUGCAAUAAAGUACGAUGCGUUGUCCCUCAGACCACGGUAAUACUGAACAAUGAUCGGCAGAAUUCCAUUGUAGCCAAGAUGGUUGGGCAGGAAGAGCCAUUGAGCAGAGCGGCGGAUUCUCUGGAAAAUAUCCUUAGCAAUGCUGUUCCUGGCCGUAGACAAAACACCAUCGUGGUGAAAGUUCCAGGGCACGAUGACAGUCACAAUGAGGACGGCGAGAGCGGCUCCGAGGCCAGUGACUCAGUUUCCAACAGCGGGCAGUUAGGAGGCCAAAGUAUUGGGAACAACGUCACCCUUAUUACACUGAACUCUGAAGAGGAUUACCCCAAUGGGACAUGGCUUGGAGAUGAAAAUAAUCCUGAAAUGCGGGUCCGUUGCCCCAUCACCGCUGCUGACAUGCUGCACAUCAGCACGAACUGCCGCACAGCCGAGAAGAUGGCAUUGACAUUGCUGGAUUAUCUCUUCCAUCGGGAAAUUCAGGCCAUUUCCAACCUUUCAGGCCAGGGGAAGCAUGGGAAGAAGCAGCUCGAUCCUCUCAUGAUUUAUGGAAUUCGCUGUCACCUAUUUUAUAAAUUUGGAAUCACAGAAUCUGACUGGUAUCGGAUCAAGCAAAGCAUAGACUCCAAAUGCCGAACAGCUUGGAGACGGAAGCAGCGAGGCCAGAGUCUUGCAGUGAAAAGCUUUUCAAGGCGAACGCCUUCUUCGUCAUCUUACAGUGGUUCAGAGGGUUCACAGGGCGCAGUUUCAGCUUCUAAUGAGAUCCAGCAGAACCAGCCACAGGCACUACACUAUGCACUAGCUAAUGCUCAGCAGGUUCAGAUCCACCAAAUAGGAGAAGAUGGACAAGUCCAAGUAGGUCACCUCCACAUAGCACAGGUUCCUCAAGGCGAACAAGUCCAAAUCACGCAGGACAGUGAGGGAAACCUGCAGAUACAUCAAGUUCAUGUUGGUCAAGACGGGCAGGUGUUGCAAGGUGCUCAGCUGAUAGCUGUUGCGUCUGCCGAGCCUGCGUCAGGGGGUGUUGAUGGAUCCCCACUCCAAGGGAGUGACAUCCAAGUCCAGUAUGUGCAGCUGGCACCCGUGACAGACCACUCUGCGACUAAUCAAGGCACUGAUACCCUUCAAUCAGCAAUCCAACCAGAAAUGCAGAUAGAGCACGGAGCAAUCCAAAUUCAAUAAAACAAGAAUUGCGGAAAGCUGCGUAAACCACGAUCGCAGCGAACCACAGUCGGAAGCUAAGUGCUGUAGCCUUCAUGCAACAACAGGAGAAUGGAAACACCUAUUAGACUAAUGGCCACACCUUACGCAUCUCCUGUAAAUACCAGUUCUGAUGAUGUGUUUGCUCUUAUACGCAUAUUCCUCAUCAGGUCCAUUUACUUCAAUUGGAACUACAUCACUAUACGUCAGAACCUGGCCUUCAAAAAUACAUGGCUAGCCCUUAGGUAUAUUUAAAGAGGAAGAAAUCCUUUCUGAAGGAGGCAAAGAAAUCUAAUUAAUCAAAACAGUAAGACUAAAUUAAUGUUUCAUCCUGUCAUUUCUUCUGUGAAAUACACCAUUUGAAUGUCUGCAGAUAUCUUACGAAGUGUAUUGCUGCUUGCAAUACUUGCUUUACCACAUAGAGAAAAUCAAGAGCUCAAAUAUUUUUCACUGUUUAAACAGCUUUUUUAUUUGCUAUGGUGUUUAUAACAAAAAUGGAAAAUAUUAAAAAAAAAAUCCCAUAACUGCAAGUAUUAGCCUUUUGCUGGUGUUUUCUGUUCAAUGUAAUGAAAAAUGUAUUUGCAAAAGACUAACAAUUUUGUUUGUACUGUUGCUUAAAUACUUUUCUAGGGGAAAAUGCUUUUAAAUGCUGUAAUUAUGCAUUUCUAAUGAAAAAAUAAAUGUGUAUUUAUGAAUAGUGCAGCUCUAAGUUGCUCUCUGCCUUAGGAAUGAAUACAGUUUGCCUGGCCUGUGGUGUAACUGUGUAGUUCUGAAGUAUUUGAAGACAGUUGCUAUCUGGCAAGCUCUGCUGUCAAACUGAGAAGCAAAAUUAUAAGUCUGUAAGGAAGGUAUCAAUCUUAGAUCAUGUUAGUAACUAAAUUUCAUCUGUGAUGAAAUUCCAAUACGAUGAAAAUGUGAAAAUCAUGAGAUACACCCUUCUAAGCUUUUGAAUUUGCAAAUCUCAUUUUAUACAAUGAAUUUAUGAAGUCAUUUAUAAAAAUUUUGGAGGAUUCUUAUGAGCUCUCUCCCUCCUAGAACGUCCUACCUCCAGCCAUCUGUGGCAAUGCCUCAGUUUGGGAUUCAGCCAUAAAAAGCUGGGCUGCAAAACCUGUGAUACCUAUCUAGCCAUCCAACCUGCAGCAGCAAGGUGAAAUCCUCUCUCCACUGAAAUUUAAGGGAAACUGUCGAUUUAAAGAAAGCUACCUUUUUGUGUUUACUAAGCUGGAGUGGAAAGGAUACAUGUUUGCUGUAAACUGAUUAUCUUAAUGUUGCACGUUUUGGAAAAGCAUGGAGUUUAUUGGGGUAGGGGUUGUUUUGUAUUUGUUUUUCAACUGAGUAAGUGAGGUUAGUGUUAAUAUAUGAUUCAUUAUGCAUUUAAUGUAUUAAUGAAUGGGACAUAGCCACAAAUUCUAUGUGCUUUAUUUAGGAUAACAUCCUUUCUGAAAGGGAGGGCUAAAAGCACACAAUUUCUUGAAAUGUUGUCCCUGGUAAGUAUUACGCUUAACUUAAAGUAUGAAUUUACAUUAUUUGUUGAUACAUAAGUAUGAUGCAAACUGAGCCACAACUUGUUGAAUACAAUGUUUGCAACAGCCUAAGGAUUUGGCUGCUCUUCACUUUUUUUUUUAAUAGUGUUUCCCAAACUGGGUGAAGUUUAAACAGCUCGGCAAUCCAAAUGGAAGCCUAAAAAUAAAGCAAGUGCUGUAUAUUUUAGCAUGGUUGUUUAAUAAUAAUUUAUCACUUGGAAAUGACAGUGAGGAAGCUGGGAGGGCAAAGCCGCAUGCUACCGCAUACCGCUCUCUUGCUGCGUUGAUACUGGCCACAACGCCUUUCCUGUCUUUGUCAGAAAGUUUUACUCCUGCCCAACUUGGCUUCCAAGGCCUGAGCAUCUUCUGCUUUCAAGUGGAACACACAUGCAUUUAAGCUGUAGGAAUAUCUCUCUCUCUGUGUGAUGGUGCAACUGUGCAUUCUGUUCUCUUUGCGUUUUUCAGCUGAAGUAAAAGAUGAAGCAUACGAGAAAAGCUCGGUUUCCAGGGAGGUUUCCGUUAGCCAUUGGGCUGCUGCAUGCUCAAGUCUCUUCUGCCAAAAGUGGCUGUAGUCAUGUACCAUGCAGUGAAACAGCAUUCACUAGUUUUCAAGAAAAUGAAAUCUACUUCACUGUGUGGAAUGGAGGGAGUACAAAUCAGUUGAAAUAAAUAGGUAAGGAGUGCUCCUUGUUAAGGCCCUCCUGUGUAUUCAGAUGCUAAGACUGUGUGUUCUUCCAGGUGUGAGGUUUUUUUUUUUUUCCUUCUGUAGAUUUUAUGUCCUUGGAGGAUUUAUGUCCUUGUCCAGGGAGGAAAUGACUUCUCUUUAAGAAUGGUUUAUGUGCUUUCUAGACACCACAGGCCCUGUUAUGUACAAAUAAGUUAUCCCUGACAAGACUAACUCAGAAAUGAAUUCCCUUCCAGGAGAUGCUUGUAACGGAAGAGUCUGUGAGGUUCUGUGCAAGUGUGAAGAGUAUGUUCACAGAGAGAUUAUCAGAACAGUAACAUAUCAACAUAAGAAUAUUAUAAGAUAACACAAGGAACGAAAGUCUUGCAGGGGCACUGAGGGUUUUGCCUGGCUCUCCAUGCAGGUAGGUUAGUAUUGAUUCAUGUAGUUUUGUCCAUGAUUACUGUUUGACUAGUUUAAGCAAGUCAGCUAGAAUUGAAUUCUCAUUACGUCUCCUUUUGUUAUUUACAGCCUCUGCCUUUUUAAUAAAAAUAAGGCUCUUUUUCCCUCAGUAAACCCUCUAGCAUCCUACUUUUUAACUGUUCUUUUUUUCCUUGUGCUGCUUUUGUUUAAGAGGCAGAAAUUGAGAACACAUGCCCAAGAGUCUUCAGGGGGACAUUUCUUGUAAGGUUAGAAUAGGAUCAACUGCCCAGUUUGUUUCUAAAUCGUCUUAUGACCUGCAGAAUACUAAUGCUUUCUUAAUUUUUAUUUUGUUUUGUGUAACAGUGUUUAGGGACUUGCAGGGGAGAGCCUUUUGAGAUCCUACUGGCCUCACUGGUUCAUUGUAGCCAGGACUUCAUCAUUUAUCUUGAUGUUCUUCUAAAAUUCCCAGCAUGUAGUUACUGCUGCACAUGCAGUAGAGUACCGCUAUAUUGACCUUUAAGAUCUUUUCAUCUUAAAGCCCAUCUGAAUGAGGGAGCAUCCAUCUUUUGAAUUCUUAAGGGCUUCUGUGGUCCUGUUCUAAAAACUAAGCACAAACUUUAAAAGUCAAGUAUGCAAAGCGUUCUUGUGACAAAUGUCUUUCCAGAUCAGAACCUCUGUGUCUUCAAAGUAUUAUCAAAUAUUCCAGUCUGUCUUUUUGAAAUCAGGGCUACAUGGCCUGAAUUAGAUAUUGUAGGUUAUUGUUCCAGCUGAUGACUGUAAAGCUUAGAUUUCCUUUGCGUAAGAAAAGAAUAUCAGUUUGUGACUUGGGUCAACCUAGUGCAAGAAGAAUGAGCAACUAGUGGAUAAGUAUUCAGUAAAUUCUCUUUUCGUGUCUCUUGAUGCUACAGCAACAAACUGUGAUAAGUUUCUUGCCAGCAGGAGAAAAGAAAGGCAGGAGACUUGCAGCAUAUUCGUAAAAAACACUGCGUAGUAGCAGCUGCUGGGGGAAAACUGUUGAACUGGUGAGUGGAUGUCAGCUAGGUCAGAUAAGCAGUAUGAGAAAGCGACAGAGCUAAGGGAAGGGAAAGGGCUUUCUGGAAUAAGGUGGACAUGCAUUUCACAUAAGCAUACAGUUGUUUUCUACAUUCAGAAAAUAUGCAUCAUCUUUGGCAGUGUGGACAAAGCACAGCAUGAAGUUCUUCAUCAGACUAAUGUUUACAAACUGUUGUACUUCCCAGUGUUGUGUGGGUGUGAGACUAGGACGUGGUACAGAAGACUCAUCAGUCAGAGAACUUGCAGCAGACACCCUGAUGUCCUGACCUGAGUGGUCUGAUCAGUUGACCAUUGCCAAUGUCUGACAGUAUUAUGAUGGCAUCUACAUCAAAGCAGUACUACCAAGACCAACCUGCAGUGAGGUCGAUUGAUCAUUUGGAGGGACAACAAGCAUCUCUCAUACAACAAACUGGAAAGUGCAAAAAGAAAAAACUUUGGCAAGAAAGCUCUUCAUACACACAUUAGAAUCUUGCCAGAAUGAGUGUGUUUUACCAGUGUUACUUUGAGAUUUGAACUGCAAAUAGGUGGCAAUGGGGUCAUCCAAGUGAGGUAAGGCAUAAGUGUCUUUCAACAGAAAUAACAUGCCUUUAGGGAGGAAGAAUUAGGAGGAUAAGAUGUGCACCAGCGGCAGACCAGCUUAUAUAUUGCGAGUCCUUAUGAACUAUGCAGUAAAAAGUCCUUUUUGUGCAAAGCAAAGGUGUACACAGUCAGCUGCACACUGAGCUUCAGUGCCCUGCCUUCAUUGCAAAGCAACAGUGGAAGAAGCCAACUUUGUCCCUGGUGAAGAGAGCUUUACUGUGGAGCAGGGACCCUCAUCCCAUGCAGUGCAGUGCCUAACUGUGUCAGAACAUUGAGAUGAGAUCUGCUUCUGCACCUUUUAACAUGUUUCUUAAAGGGUAAGUAACCAGUAUUAGCAAAGAAAUGGACCAAGUUUUUCUCCUUCACAAUCCAGCCAUUAGAUAGCCAAUUUUGAAAAUUUAUACUUAAAAACUAUCUCUUUAUAAAAGUAGAAAGCCAUUUUGACCUUACUGGCAUCUAAAAUGAUCAUGCCACAAUCUUUCCUACACCAUCUGGGAGCUCAGGAAAAGUAUUUUCCUCAACCCAGUGCUUGUCACUUCAUUACCAAGCAUGCAUGGUAAUUUAGAGAUCAAAUAAAGUCGGAUCCCUGGUGCAAUAUUCCACUGGUGUUUGGGUCUGUGUGACUUCUGGUCAAACAUAUGGAGCCCAGGUGGGCACCCGCUUUUGGCUGAGCCCUGCACUUGAGAAGGUGCAUGUAGCCAUGCUGAAGUUCAUGUAGCCUCCUGCAAAUGUUGUUCCGCUUGCUUAUCUCAGAAUAAUUGUUGGCAGGAUGAAACAAUGUGAAAACCUUUUUAAGGACAGCAGAGGGAGUUGAAAAUCCUAGGGCAGAAAUAAAAUUUAUCUUCAUGUCCGAGGACUGCAGUCCCUAAAUGCUACUUGAGACCCUAAAGCCCAUUAUUCCCAUUGAAAGCAAUGAAAAAAGAGAGUUCUACAUGCUUAAAAAUACCAGUCUGCCAAAAUGUUAUGGUUUGAUGGCUUGUACAGCUAGCAAUUGGUCUAAAAAAAGUGAAGGAUAUGGGUUGUUUCUUUUCUGUUUUUCUUUUCUCACUUUUGUUCCUCAUUAGUUUUACAUAUUUUGUCUUGCAAAACAACACUAUAAAAAUUACCACCCUUCUGUGACCCAAAUAAGUGGAAUGUCUUCAUCAGGCACAGUUUUAGGCAUUUCAGUAUUGAUAGUUUGCCUAUAAAGUGAGAAAUGCUGGCCAAAAUGCUGCUUGAAUCCUUACUUGUCUCCAUUGCAGAGAGGCUGGCAUGCAUAUGAGUAUGCUCUUGUGGCUGUGUACUUUAUUAUUAGCUUCACAGAAUUUCUGGGGAGUUUCAUGUUAGAAAAUGGGGAAACUGGUAGCUUAAAAAAAAAUGUUUUGUUACUGUAGAAUCUCACUUUGCACAAACUUCUUUUGGCAAUCAGUACUCCUUCUCAAUUCCUAAUUAUGUAAGUACUGAAAAUUUGGAGCCAUAACUGUAACUGACCAAAAACUGUUUCCCAUUAUCUGAAAUAGGAAUGUUCCUUCCAUCCAGUGAGAUCCCAAACCACUUUUAUAAGCUCUGCUGAUUUGGAUGAAUAAUUGACAGUCAAACUUCAUUUCCUUGAAUGAACCUGAGAAUAAGAAAGUAAUUCAAUAGAGCAGGGUUUGGGGUAAACCUGCUUUUUUAAUUUGCUGGUGCAAACUGAUAUAGCUAAUUUCUCUGCUAAACAAAGUUUGACAUAUUUAGAGGUUGUUUUAUACCCUACAAAAGUACAGAUAAUUAACCCUGCAGCAAGUGUAGGCAAGGGUUGGUGGAAAUGUGAGGAAUUUUACAGUGCACUAAAAUUAGAGAGAACGGAAGGGAUGGACCGCAGUUGCCCGCACAUAGUUUGGCCGAGGCAAGGGGUUAACACCCUUAUCCUUUCAAAAGGUGCCAUGGGAUUUAUAAUAAACUCUUGUUCUUCAGCCUGAUAAAUUGGAUGGGAGUAGAUGAAAACUCACUUUUUUCCUCAUCUGCAACUUUACAUGGGAGGCGUAAUUCAAGAACAAAUGUCUCUUUUGUUUGUUUUAGGUUUCUUUUUUUUUGGCCUUUUUAUAGACUAAAGGGACUUCUAGUUUUGAAAACUUUCUCAUAUUUAUUUCCUAUUAAAAAUUUACAUUUGGCAAAGGAAAAAUGCCCUCUAAUAUUUAAUAAAAUUUUAUAUUUUGGGUAUAAAGUGAUAUUUUAGGAUUUUGUUCAUCGUUAUAGGUAAUUUUAAUUAGCCAGUAGACUGGGAAGAAUUCUGUGCUUUUUCCAGUCUCUCAGGUAAAUCUGUGUUUGUGAGCGUUUGAGUAACCUGUCCAGUUUCGUCUCUGCCCAAGAGCCCAGGUUCAGCAUGAGUUAAUGUACAUUAUAUAAUCUUCCAGUAAAUAUUUUAUUUCAUAUUUUUCAUUCCAUUUAAAGAAAACUUAAUCUGGUUGUGAAACAGAUCAACAAAAGCCUGGAAAGCAGAGUUUAGCCUGAUAUCUUUCCAUCCUAUACUAUGAUGCAAGCUGUAAGGACAGACUGUUCAUUGUCCUUUUGUGUGCCACAGUCUGAAUAUUUAUGGUAUUUAAUUUGGAAAUAAUAAAAUAAAAUCUUUAUUUUCCA